AUGAAUAGUUCACCAAGUUCGAAUAUGAGUGAAGAUGAUACCAAACUAAUGUCUGAAUUUGAUCUUUCAGAAUCGUCCGAGUUACCUCCAACAUCAAUUACACAUAGUUCUAUUGUUCUUUCUAUCGCUAUUCUAUCUAUUGUAGUUAUUAUUUUUCUUAUAGUUCUAUGUAAAUUAGUUCGUUGUCUAUGUUUUCAACAAAAUUCUAAUAAUCAUGAUCAAACCGAACGCAUUUCAUCGGUAAUACAAUCAGAUAUAUCAACAAUUCAUUGGUAUCCACAACAUCAUCGUAGUCAGAUUAAACAUUCUUUAUCUUGUGACCAUAUUAAUGAUGGUAAUCGAUAUACAUGUACUACGAAAGAUGGAUUUUUAUCACCACCUCUACCAUCUUAUAAUAGAUGUCAUUCUAAUGAAGUUAAUUCACUUGAUGCUACCAUCACAAGAUCAUCAAUACAAAUUAAUCAACAAACUAUGAACGAAUUUCUAAACAUUUUCUUUCAAAUUAUUCUUUAUUUGGGUAUUAUCGCAAUUAUUGCUUAUUUUAUAUAUCCUUUACAUAAUAAUAUUGAGAAUUAUUUUAAAAAUAACGUUGUUUGGAUAACUGGUGCAUCAUCAGGUAUUGGCCGUGCAUUAGCAAAAGAAUUAAUUCGUCUUUCACCAUCUACUCGUCUUGUUCUAUCAGCCAGACGUGAAGAUGAAUUACAUUCACUUGUUGCUGAACUUCCAGUUAAUCCAGAUCAAUGUCUUGUUUUACCCCUUGAUCUUGAAACACAUGAAUAUGGUUUUCAAUCAAAAGUUGAUAUUGUUCUUGAUCGAUUUAAUCAGAUUGAUGUUUUAAUUAAUAAUGCUGGUAUAUCACAACGAAGUUUAAUCAAAGAAACAAAAUAUGCAGUUGAUACACGAUUAAUAAGUAUUAAUUUUUUGGGUACAAUUACAUUAACUAAAGCUGUUUUAUCGCAUUUCAUUCAACGUCAAAAAGGUCAUUUUGUUGUUGUUACAUCAGUAGCUGGUUAUGCUGCUACAUCAUUACGUUCAUCAUAUGCCGCUUCUAAACAUGCUUUACAUGCAUUUUUUGAUGCACUUCGAUUAGAACAUACUAAAGAUCAUAUAGAUGUAACAAUAGUAUGUCCAGGUUUUGUCAAAACCAAUAUUUCAAUAAAUGCUUUAGAAGGUUCUGGACAAUUACAUAAUAAAAUGGAUCCAAAAACUGAAAAAGGAACAGAUCCAACUGUAUGUGCAUAUGAUAUACUUCAUGGUAUUGCUGCUAGAAAACAUGAAAUCUAUGUUGGUCAUUUAGCAUCUAUUGUGAUUUAUUUACGUCGUUUAUGUCCUCAAUUACUCUAUCGAAUAUUUUUGCGUACUGAAGCAUCUUGA